GUCAACUCGUGUCCCUUACCUCUUCCACGGCUGAAUUUAAUAGCGGAUAUUUUUAAGGGAUCAUCAGAUGUAAACAUCCGUGUAGACCCGCAGUUUCUCCUGCGAGAGUAAAACUAUUAUUUAAAACAUUAAAUUACAGACAUAGUAGUUAGUUCCUAUUCUUAUUAUAAGCAUAUAGCGUAACAUAACCAUGCCUCCGAAAAAAGCUGGCAAUUCUGCCAGUAAGAAGACUGAGCAGAAGAAAAAGGAAAAAGUCAUAGAGGACAAAACAUUUGGGUUAAAGAACAAAAAGGGAGCAAAACAGCAAAAGUUUAUCCAGCAAGUGGAAAAACAAGUGAAGAGUGGCGGCAUACAUCCCGCAAAGCCUAUGGAAGAUAAGAAAAAGGAUAAAGAGACUAAAUUAAAGGAACAGAAAGAACUGGCUUUGUUGUUCAAGCCAGUGCAAACGCAAAAGGUUGAGAAAGGUAUUGAUCCAAAAUCUGUGGUGUGUGCUUUUUUCAAGCAAGGGCAGUGUACCAAGGGUGAUAGAUGCAAAUUUUCCCAUGACCUCACUAUUGAAAGAAAGGCAGAGAAGAGAUCUCUGUAUGUGGACAUGAGAGAUGAUGAUGAUGAUGACAACAUGGACAAUUGGGAUGAAGCAAAGCUCAAAGAGGUUGUUGAAAAGAAACACGCGGAAGACAAACAACGCCCAACAACUGACAUUAUAUGCAAACAUUUCUUGGAAGCUGUCGAAAAAUCUAAAUACGGUUGGUUCUGGGAGUGUCCCUCGGGUUCGAAAUGUAUAUACAGGCAUGCUCUGCCAGCUGGAUUCGUUUUAAAACGGGACAAAAAGAAAAUGGAAGAGAAAAAGAAUGAGAUAUCUCUUGUAGAUUUAAUAGAAAAGGAAAGGGCUGCGUUAGGCCCAAAUCAAACUAAGAUUACUCUAGAAACCUUCCUUGCCUGGAAGAAGAAAAAAAUCAAAGAAAAACAGGAAGCACUUACUAAAGCAGAGGAACAGAAAAGAAACGAUUUCAAGGCUGGUCGAGCUGUUGGGCUGUCUGGCCGAGAGAUGUUCUCGUUCGAUCCUGCAUUGGCAGACGAUGCGGAUGAUGACGACGAGACCUUCGAUCUGCGGAACUACGACCAAGAUGAAGAAGAACAAGAUGUCACCGAGUACCGAGACAUUCAGCUGGAUCUCAUUAACAUGGAGGCAUCUGAAGUGGAUGACACAGGAACGAAAGCUACAGAAGAUAGAUUACACCAAAACAAGAAGGGUCUUGAAAAUGGUGAGGUGACUGAAAGCAACACUGAGACAUCUCCUGACUCUGGUGCGGUACCAAUAAAUGAAAACCUGUUCCUGGAUGAAGAUUUAGAUGAAGAACUUCAAAAUUUGGAUUUGGAAGACUAGUUGUAUAAAAGACACAAAGAAUGUUUAACAUUGGCAGAUUCAUCUAAAGUCAUUUAAAAAUAUGAAGCGUAUUAGUAGUUCUAAUGUGUCACAUUCAUAUAUUUUUUCAAAGACGAAUUGGUAUAUAAUGUACACCUAACAUUACACCAUAUUUAAACAAUAAAGUUGUUAAUGCAAAUUAUUUUUAUCAUUUAGACAAUUGAGAAUAUUGUUUACUUGUACAACUCUAGUAUGAAUACAUAAUCUAUUACAGACAGGAUUAAAGAUAAAUAAACUGCGACCAUGAAUUAUAUUUGACAUCUAAUUUAAUAAUAAUUUGCAAGUAAAAUUAAAGAGUAUAUAUGUAAA